UAUUCUUGGCUCUUUCCAAGGAAUAUUGGUGACGUAAUAACGGACUCUCCGGUUCGUGAAAUUGCAGCGGGAGCGUGGUUGAUGCGGCACGUGGGCGCGCCGCGCACCUGUUCCCGCCUCUGACUGGAACAAUAAUAAAAAGAAAGAGAGGAGCAGUCAGUCAGUCAGUCAAACAUCAGAGCAAGAGCUGCAGACAACACAUCUACUACAGUAGCCUAUAACCUGAUCAGUAUGGAGGAGCAAAGAUAUCCCGUCAAUAUUCAGCUUGUUGGAGUAAUGCAAAAAGAAGCAGCGAAAUUGUACAUGACCACUGUUCUCUGGUCAGAUCAAAAUGAGAUCACCAUUUACAGAUCGCUUGAAGACUUCAAGACGCUGCAUAGACAACUCAAGAAGAAAUUCCCUUCUUCAAACCCCUUUAAAAGGUCAGGAAGGAUUAUUCCCAAAUUUAAAGCUGCAAGAGUGCAGAAAAACAUGCAGAAGUGGAGCCCCAGUAAGUCGGUGCUCAGACUGAAGGCUCUGGAAGAAUACUGCAGUGAACUGCUGAAGAGCGAUCCCCGUAUCUGCCAGAGCUCCGAUUUCAUCCAGUUCCUGCUUCCCAAAUCCCAGGACCUCAAUUCUGACUUUGCAAAAAACAGUAUCGUGAUCAUGCCAUCAGAGACUUCUCUGGACAGUAGCAAAGUUUUAACGAACAAUGAUGUUACUCAUCCCUUUGUUACUGAAACAUACCGCUGCAUAGCUACUUAUGAGACCAAGGACACCAAGAAUCGCCCCUUCAAGGUAGAAGUGGAUGAGACUGUGGAUGUGCUUAUUAAGGACCAAAAAGGAUGGUGGCUGGUGGAGAAUGAAGCCAAACGUCUAGCCUGGUUUCCUGCUCCGUAUCUACAGAGAGCUGAGAUGAGUGAUGACGGUCCUGAUGUGAUGGAGGAUGGAAGUAUUUUUUAUGUUGCUGCCAAAAAUUACAAAGCCAUGAACAGUGAUGAAAUAUCAGUUGAGAUUGGGUCUGUGGUGGAGGUGUUACAGAAGUCUGACAAUGGCUGGUGGAUAGUAAGGUACAAUCGAAAAGCGGGCUUUGUACCAUCUAUGUACCUGCAACCAUACAAUAACCCACGGAUUCGCAUGAUGCCCGCUCAGAGGGAGAUGACCAGCUCCACACUUGACUUGGCACAGCUUCAACAUCCUGGAGACAAUUCCCUGCAGGCUUCCAGCCGUGAGUUCAGCAGAUCCCAGGGUAACCUGCGUCUACCUUCAGGAAGCACCCUGGACCUUAGAGAUAAGCAGAUGUCACGUUCAAUGGGUAGACUGCCGGAUGCUCGUUCGACACAGCUGACUCCACCAUCAAUCCGAGUACAAUUUGCCGACAACAGUCAGCAAAGCAGUCUGAGUGAGGACAGUGAAGAGUUCAGCGACGAAAGCAGCUUCUCUGGCACUGAUUCACUAAAUCGUUCAGACGCAGAAGAGCAAUUCCGCCGGAGUCGCACCCCUACACUUGACUCUUCUGGCAGCCUGAGCCCUGAAAGUCUCACAGAAGGCAAGAUGAUCAGCAGCCGAUCAGACCCCAGUCUCAGCAAGAUGCCCUCCACCCCCAAGGUGCCACCCAGACCCCAAGCUCAGGAGAUACUCAAACGCUGCACCACCGUAACACGCAAAAACCUGCAAAGAACCAGUUAGGUCACCUCAGUGCGAUGUCCAGCACUGUACUUGUUUGAGAAGAACAGGUCCAAACAAGAGUUACUGUUCAUCACCAGAACACUUGUGUAAAGCUAAUGUGAUUAUUUGAUGGACAAAUUAUGAAGAUUCUUGUGCACACAAAUACGUUACACCUUAUUCUAUUUAGAACUAAAUUUAGUUCUUAUUCUUGGAACAGAAUAUUAUGUAUGUUACAAAUGAUAAUCUACUAAAGACACUGCUCUUUGGAUCAGACACAGUCUAUAAAGUGUAUUACAAUCUUCUACAGAAUAUUUAUCCAAGAUUUAGGUCUUUCCUAGUUUUUCUUUUUUGACGUAAAAUCUUUUCCAUAGUGGAAAAUAUAACUUGUACCUUAUAUGCAUUGCAUAUCUUGACAUAUAUUAUACUUGAAUACUGUACACUCUUCAGAGAAUUGAUCUUCUUGCAUAUUUCCCCCAUGUUGAUUGCCUGUAAAUGUAAAAUAAAAUAGUUGUACUAAA